CGCGUGCUGCUACUCCGACCCUCUCACGACCACCACCACCAGCACUAGACAGAGCCAACAUGGGUGACGCAAGCUACGACUACCUGUUCAAGGUCGUCCUCAUCGGUGACUCGGGCGUCGGAAAGUCCAACAUGCUGUCGCGGUUCACCCGCAACGAGUUCAACCUCGAGAGCAAGUCGACCAUCGGCGUCGAGUUCGCAACUCGGUCCAUCCAGGUCGAGAACAAGACGAUCAAGGCGCAGAUCUGGGACACGGCAGGCCAGGAGCGCUACCGCGCCAUCACCUCGGCGUACUACCGCGGCGCAGUCGGCGCCCUCCUCGUGUACGACAUCGCCAAGCACGCGACCUACGUCAACGUCCUGCGCUGGCUCAAGGAGCUGCGCAACAAGAGCGAUUUGCGCCACCUGCGCGCCGUCCCGACCGACGAGGCAAAACUCUUCAGCCAGGAGAACGGCUUGAGCUUCAUCGAGACGUCGGCGCUCGACGCGUCCAACGUCGAGGGCGCGUUCCAGACCAUCCUCACCGAGAUCUACAAGAUCGUGUCGCAGAAGCAGCUCGAGGCGGACCCGGCGCUGUCGCACCGUCCUGGGCAGGGCUCGUCGAUCGAGAUCACGCCGUCGGCCAACGAUGGCGGCCAGAAGCAGGACGGCAAGUGCUGCUGAGCGCGACUCGGCGGAACGAGGGCGAGGUGGGACGGUGCGGUCGAGGGAGCUGGUCUCUCGCUCGGGGCGGUUGUGUCUGUGUGUGCGGCGCGGAGUGUGCGUCUCGGGACGGUGCGGGUCAGAAGGCGAGGAUGUGUUUGACGACGAGGCGACAACGCGGUCGCCUCCUCGAGCUUCCCCUUCUGCCCUCGCCUCACCUCUUGCCUAGCUCGCCCAUCUCCUCGCCGCCCCCCUUCUCUUCCUCUGUGUGUCUCUUUGUGCUAUUCCAGUGCGUCACUGAG